CAAAUACGGCCACUUGUGCACACCUGCACACACACAACUUUGUGCCUGGGCAUCUUGUGGAUACACGUAUACACACACAGGUUCAUCAUGAGUCCUAAACACGUGAUUUUUAAGAAGCUCUCCCGUGAUAAAUCAGUGGGUGUUUAUUUGGGCAGGAGAGACUUUGUGGAUCACUGUGAUUUUGUUGAUCCUGUUGAUGGUGUGGUGCUGAUUGAUCCGGAGCAAACAAAAGGAAAGAAAGUUUAUGUUAUGCUAUCAUGUACGUUCCGUUAUGGCCGGGAUGACAUGGACGUGUUGGGGGUGGCGUUUCGGAGAGACAUUUUCCUGUGCACGCGACAGGUUUACCCCCCACUGCAGGACGUAGAGCGCAGCAUUCACACCAAAUUACAGGAGAGACUUCUGCGCAAACUGGGGAUCAACGCAUACCCCUUCUUCUUUGAGUUUCCAGAUAAUCUGCCAUGCUCUGUGGCGCUGCACCCUACACCCACUGAUGUAGGAAAGCAUUGUGCCGUGGAGUUUGAGGUGAAGGCGUUUUGUGCUGACAAUCAAGAUGAGAAAGCUCAGAAAAGGAGCUCAGUGCGCCUGGCCAUCAGGAAGGUGCAGUAUGCUCCUGAUCAAGGAGGCCCAGCUCCAUCUAAUGAGACCACUUGUGAGUUCAUGAUGUCAGACAAGCCUCUCCACAUGUCCAUCUCUCUGGAUAAAGAUACGUAUUAUCAUGGAGAUACAAUUCAUGCCAAUGUGGUAAUCGAUAACAGCUCCAGCAAAGACGUGAAAAACAUCACAGUUUCAGUCGAGCAGAUUACUAACGUGGUGCUGUACUCCAACGAUAAGUACGUUAGAACUAUCGCCUGUGAUGAAAGUUCUGAGUCUGUGCCGUCUGGAACCAGCAUGAAGAAAGUUUACUCGCUCCGUCCUCUGCUGGACAGCAACCGGGAGAAGCGUGGCCUGGCUGUGGACGGGAAACUGAAGCAUGAGGACACCAACCUGGCCUCCUCUACCAUAGUGAAAGCAGAGGUGCUGAAGGAGGUUCUUGGGAUGGUGGUCUCCUACAGAGUGGUGGUUAAAGGCACUGCAGCUGGCAUGAUUGGAUCCAGUGAGGUUACCGUGGACGUGCCAUUCAUACUCAUGCACCCUAAACCUGAUGCAGUCAAAGAAAGGUGAGCAACUCCUAAUUUAUCUUUACAUAUCAUUUCUGUUUUCUCUAAUACAUAUACACCAUAACAUCACCCAUCAGCAGUAAAACACAGUGUUACUGUUACGAAAGUGAGGGGAUGGACGUAAGUGCAGAAUAAUUAAUUUAUAAUUAAACAAACUAAAACAAACAAACAAACAAAAUAAACCAAAGUUACACUGAAUAUAAACAGAAAACGAACACGGGUAAACGCAAGACAAAAAUACACGACUGAAAUAACUAAAAUAACAAAGAUGAGAUUAAAGUAUAAUCAAAACUAAGAAACCAGUAACUCUAGAAAUAAAAAAACCACCUGACAAACACGCAGCAAGGAAUCACACAAAAGACUAGACAAAGAAGGCUUGAAACAAAGGGGCUUAUAUACAUGAGGAGGGAACAGGAAACUGGAAACACCUGAGGAUCAAUCAAGAGGGGGCGGGGUUACAAAUCACUGAUGACGGGGUGGGGCUAGGGCGGAGACAGGACCAAAACACAACAGAAGCACAUGGCUGGGAAACACAUGACAGGUAAACAGAGGGGCAGGAGCACAUGGGACCAAAUGAGGGAGAAACACAAGACAGACAUGGGCUGAGGUGUGACAGUUACACAUCUGAGGGAGGCUGUCUAAUAAAUCCAAAUUCAUACAAACAUUCAUUUAAUACAAUUCAACAUAUUGAAGACCAACGUUACAACUUAAACCCUGUGAAUUUAUUUUUCACCGAGAUCAGCCCAUUAAACUAAAAUAUAUUAAAAUCACAAUAACACCAGCUAGGGGGGUCGUCAUUAUUUACUUUUUUUUAUUAUUAGGGUUUCAAGUUGCAGUAACAGUGUUAAACUACCUCCACCUUGUUUGGAAGCUGUACUUUAUCCUGGCUAGCUCUCACUGUGAGUUGUAGAUAAAACUACGUCCACCAUGUUUAGAAGCUUUACUUCAGUCUGGCUAAGUCACAAGUCUACACACAAUGUAUCAAACAUAUUCACUGUGAAAACAGAUAGUUUAAUAAGGGUAAUCUGGAGAAAUAUCUGUCUGAUUGUUGUUAGAAUACGAUUAGAUAAUUGAAAGCUCAUUUUACUGCAACCAGUUUAACGACAGAAAAGUAUCUGUAUUAUAUUUGACCCUGAGUUAGGCAGGAUCUGUUCCGCCCUACAAUCUGAGUGUUUCGUGUUUCACACCAAGCGUCUUACUUUGUCUCACACUUCCUCUGCCUGCCACCACAACACAAUGUGAGACACGUGGACACACACACUCACAAUUUUUUUUAUUUAUUUAUUUCUUUUAUGCUGUCUUUUUCUGGUGUUUCAAGUAAUCUAUAUUAUCCUAAACAAUCUUAUAUUUCCUCAGUAUAAAAGUGUUUUUUCAGUCAAUACAUAAAUAGUAAAUAAAUACAGUCAAUAAAAACAAGUUCUUUCUUUUGUGAGAUUAUACACUUGCAGGAAAGCAAGAGGAAAUUAAAAUAUAAAAAAAUAUAAAACUUAAAGAAAAUAUCCAAACCUGCUGUUUCCUACCCCUGCUUUGGAUGUUUGGUAGGUGAUGAAAAAUCCUUUUUACAGAUUUUAGAUCAUGCCCACCACCAAUUUCUUACAAAUGUAGUUGCUAAAAAUCCUUGUACUUAACAACCCUGAGAUAUGAAAUACAUCAAGCGUACACUGGCGUUUGCACAGACCUGCAUAUCUAUGUUUUCUAUCAUUAUCUCACUAUUUCUUUUGUGCACGUUUGUGCGUUAACAGUGACGGGGACACUGAUAUGGUCUUUGAGGAGUUUAAGCGUUCCUGCCUAAGGGGACUCAUUGGAGACGAUGAUGAUUCCCCUGCUGAACCUUGAGACGCUGAGAAGGAUCACCACGAAAACAAUCGACACUGCGCUCGCUGCUCAUUGAGGAAUGGUUAUAGUAGCUUAUUUGUGUUUAUAGGUGUACAUACUUUGAAGACUGGGCUUAUGAACUAGUGUUUAUAUGUUCGCUGGCCACUUUAUUAGAAACCCCUACCUUGUGUUUCAACUAACUGGCUGCUUCAUUUUUACCCUUUUACUCCCCGGUAGAGGUAUACAGGCUGUAAUAAAGUUGUCUAUGUAGAGUGCAGAAUCAGCACCCUGUACUCAAUUCACCAUUAGUCCUUUUUCUUAAACACCUAAAAUUUUCCAGCGAGUGCAGCUCUGUGGUUAAAAACAGGGGUUUCUAAACAGAAGUGGGCAGUAGCGUAAAUGUGUACAUGAUGUGAGAGUCAGCUAAUGGACUAGAAGGCAGUGGUCAGUGGAUUUUUAGUUUGUUUAGAUGUAGGGAAGAGUGUACAGGUGUAGUGAAUGUACUUUCGAGGUAUAGAGGUGUAGUAAAUGUACAUUAGAAGUGGAUAGCUUAUGGUAUGUAGGGUUAGAUGUAUGUAUAUGGUAAAGCGUAAGGUAAGAUAGGAUGGAUCUCAGGCAGUUUGAAGGCGGGCAGGUGGGGAGAUGCAGGAUGUUCUCUAUUUGCUGUAGGACUGUCAAUAAUGCAAACAUUAAAAAUCAUUUUUAACAUAAA